CAACCGGCUCGAUUCCGCUAACGAGCUGAGCUGAGCUGAGCCGCGCCGAAACUCCAACCAGCCGAGACCGUUCCAGAGCCGCCGCGUAGGAUACCGACCGCAGAGGAGGGGGAACGAAGCCCGCGCCGCAUGAACCGUGCUGCCCCCGCGACGAGGAUGGCCGCCGAGGAGAUGAGACGGGCCGCCACGGCCGAGACGACGGCCUCGCCGCCCGCGGGGUCGAGGUGGGCGCGGGUGUGGCCGCCCGCGCUCCGAUGGAUCCCCACCUCCACCGACCGCAUCAUCGCCGCCGAGAAGCGCCUCCUCUCCGUAGUCAAAACUGGAUAUGUCCAGGAACAAGUUAACAUUGGCUCUGCUCCUCCUGGGUCAAAAGUAAGAUGGUUCAGGUCAUCAAGUGACGAACCAAGGUUCAUCAAUACUGUAACAUUUGAUAGCAAGGAGAAUGCCCCCACCCUUGUCAUGGUCCAUGGCUACGCUGCUUCACAAGGGUUCUUCUUUCGAAACUUCGAUGCCCUUGCAGACCGUUUCAGGGUGAUCGCCAUUGAUCAGCUUGGCUGGGGUGGAUCAAGCAGACCUGACUUCACCUGUAAAAGUACCGAAGAAACUGAGGCAUGGUUCAUUGAUUCUCUUGAGGAAUGGCGCAAGGCUAAGAACCUCAGUAAUUUUAUAUUGCUUGGUCAUUCUUUUGGAGGAUAUGUUGCGGCCAAGUAUGCUCUACAGCACCCUGAACACGUUCGGCACUUGAUUUUGGUUGGUCCUGCUGGCUUCUCAUCAGAAACAGAGCAUAGAUCGGAGUGGUUAACCAAGUUUCGAGCAACAUGGAAAGGCAUGAUAGUGAAUCAUCUUUGGCAGUCUAAUUUUACUCCUCAAAGAAUUGUUAGAGGAUUGGGUCCUUGGGGUCCAAAUUUGGUGCGAAGAUAUACCAGUGCGAGGUUCGGUUCACAUUCAACUGGUGAAUUACUAACAGAUCAUGAAUCCACAUUGCUGACAGAUUAUAUUUACCAUACCUUAGCCGCCAAAGCUAGUGGGGAGCUGUGCUUGAAAUACAUAUUUUCCUUUGGGGCAUUUGCAAGGAAGCCUCUUCUGCAGUGUGCAUCUGAUUGGACGGUACCCACUACCUUCAUAUAUGGGCAGCAAGACUGGAUGAACUACCAAGGGGCGCAGCAAGCACGGAAGGAGAUGGAAGUUCCUUGUGAAAUAAUCAGAGUCCCACAGGGAGGUCAUUUUGUGUUUAUAGAUAACCCUUCGGGGUUCCACUCGGCUAUCUUCUACGCAUGCCGUAAAAUUUUAUCAGGCGAUGGAGAGGAGGGUCUCACUCUUCCUGAUGGCCUCAUAUCUGCAUAAGGUGGCAUCUUGAACUGUCUCAUGCUCAACAGUAGUUUACAUAAAGCAAGCUAUACGAUGGUGGAAGUAUCUGUGCCAUAAUACGGAUUGUGCCAAUUCCAUGCAUAUAUUAUGUAAUAAUUGAGUGGAACAAAAUGGUAUGUAAUGUAUGAUUUUUUAGUCGAUUUUCGGGUCACAAUAUGCGGAUCAUGUCCUUUCUGUUGUAAAACCUGCAAGAAACUGAUCAAUAUCAUAAGGAAACAAUAAUUCAAGCGUGGAAA